AACCAGAGCUACUGCUGCGCCCGCCGGAGAUGGGAACGGAGGGGGCUGCGGCGAGGCAGGCGAAGGAGUCGCUGGAGCUGGCGUUCCAGAUGUCGCAGAUCCUCGACACCGGCCUCGACCGCCACACCCUCUCGCUGCUCAUGGCGCUCUGCGACCGCGGCGCCAACCCGGAGGCCCUCGCCGCCCUCGUCCGCGAGCUCUCCUCCGCCGCUCCCCCGACGGCCACCCCCGCGUCCAACGGCGCCGCCCCGCCCGCCCCGACCCCGACGGCCGCCUCGCUGUUCCCCUCCGGCUUCCGCCAGCCCUAGCUAGGGUACCGAUGACUGUACGCAACUGAUGUUCCUGAUUUGAAGUCUGAGCAAAUCUGAUACUUGGCUUUUUGGAGGAGUCGAUGAAGCUUUAGUCUGGUGGAUGUAAAUCUUGCUUUAGAUGUAGGAUGUGCUUGUAAUGUCGUUUUCACAGAAAAGCUGUGGUUCAUCGAGCUCAGUUCUAUCAGCCAAUCGUAAGCCGAAACAUUCUACAGUACCAAAUGUGUCAUACUCUUGUCUCAUUCUACCAGAUGGUUUCUGUUUUAUAAGCUGAAACAUGUUUCUGCCGUGUUUCCUCAAGAGUAAUAAUGCAAGGGGGUUUGCUAA